ACCACCAACCGAAGAAACGGGAAGAUAUCCUUACUGCAUCAUCAAAACGUGGGCGCGAUGCUGAGCCAUUUCGCCUCUGUCCCUCUCCAAUGCCUACCGAGGACUCCCUCGCCCUCCUCCUCCUCGCCCUCUUCCUCUUCCAUUUCCUCUCCCCUCUUCGUCUCGAUCUCUCGGUCCACUCACCUUUGGUGGCGUCCGAAUCGGUUAUCGGAUGCACGGAGAUGCGUUCUCCUGCAUCGGGGGAGACCCGAUCGCCAGAUCGGAGAUGGGGCAGGUGGGCGAAGGUACUCCAUCGUUUGUCUGAUGGAGUCCAAGACGGAGGCGCGGGUUCCAGGGGCCGAUGGUAGCAAGAGGGGGCGGCUGAAGCUCGAGGCGCUAAAUUGGGAUCACUCCUUCGUGCGGGAGCUGCCUGGCGAUCCAAGAACUGAUACGAUCCCCCGUCAGGUGCUUCAUGCUUGUUACAGUACAGUAUCUCCAUCUGCUGAAGUGGAAAACCCUGAACUUGUAGCUUGGUCAGAAUCAGUUGCUGAGUUGCUUGAUCUGGAUCAGAAAGAGUUCAUGCGGCCUGAUUUCCCUAUAAUAUUUGCUGGAGCACUACCUUUGAAAGAAGGGUUGCCUUAUGCUCAGUGCUAUGGUGGUCACCAGUUUGGUAGGUGGGCUGGUCAGCUAGGGGAUGGACGUGCAAUAACUCUUGGUGAGAUUCUGAAUUCUCAAGAUGAAAGAUGGGAGUUGCAGCUCAAGGGUGCUGGAAAGACACCUUAUAGCCGAUUUGCAGAUGGUCUGGCAGUUCUUCGUAGUAGCAUCCGUGAGUUCCUUUGCAGUGAGGCAAUGAAUGGACUUGGAAUUCCUACUACCCGUGCACUUUGCCUUGUCACCACUGGCAAAUUUGUUACCAGAGACAUGUUUUAUGAUGGCAAUCCUAGGGAUGAACCUGGUGCAAUUGUUUGCCGUGUUGCUCAAUCCUUCCUGCGUUUUGGUUCAUAUCAAAUUCAUGCCUCUAGGGGAAAAGAAGACCUUGAUAUAGUUCGUACUUUGGCAGAUUACACAAUCCACCAUCAUUUUCCCCAAAUCGGGACAAUGAAAAAAAGUGAUAAGUUGUCUCUUGAGGUUGGUGUAGAGGGUUCUUCAGUAGUGGAUCUGACAUCUAACAAAUAUGCAGCUUGGUCAGUCGAGGUUGCUGAGCGCACUGCUUCCUUGAUUGCUAGUUGGCAGGGGGUUGGCUUCACUCAUGGUGUUCUGAACACAGACAACAUGAGUGUCUUGGGUUUGACUAUCGACUAUGGGCCUUUUGGUUUUUUGGAUGCAUUUGAUCCAAGAUAUACUCCAAAUACUACAGAUCUUCCCUGGAGAAGGUACUGUUUUGCUAACCAGCCUGAUAUUGGCUUGUGGAAUAUUGGACAAUUUACUGCAACUUUAUCAGCUGCACAGUUGAUCAACAACGAAGAGGCCAACUAUGCAAUGGAAAGAUACGCUAAUAAGUUUAUGGAUGAAUACCAAUCCAUAAUGACAAGAAAGCUAGGUCUAUCCAAGUACAGCCAACAACUCAUAAGUGACCUUCUCAACAACAUGGCUACCGACAAAGUUGAUUACACAAAUUUCUUUCGGUUGCUUUCAAGUCUAAAAGCAGACACUACUAUUCCCAACAACGAGCUCCUUGUCCCUCUUAAAGCUGUUUUGCCGGACAUCAACCAGGAGAGAAAGGAGGCAUGGAGCAGUUGGGUGAAAACCUAUCUCGAGGAGCUGGUUUCUAAUGGCAUCCUGGACGAAGGACGAAAGGCUGCAAUGGACUCUGUUAACCCCAAGUAUGUCUUGCGAAACUAUCUGUGCCAAAGCGCCAUUGAUGCGGCCGAGCAAGGAGACUACAGCGAAGUCCGCAGGCUGCUGAAACUAGUGGAGAAUCCAUAUGACGAACAACCGAGGAUGGAGAAAUAUGCAGGGUUACCACCAGAGUGGUCUUCCAGGCCAGGUGUGUGCAUGUUGUCAUGCUCUUCUUGAGGACGUGUAUAUAAGUGAACUGAUAUGGUCUUGAGACCUGAGUAUAAAUCGAAUUGCUAUGUAAUCAAUCUCUGAUUGAAAUGGCUGAACAAUUUUCCUUCGAUGAUUGA